AACGAGUAGUGUAAAAAAAAUUGACAUUUUUAUUUUGCAAUUUUCACGAGAAUAAAGAAAAAAUAGAUUGAAUUUGAAAAAGAAAACCGAGAAACAAGAAAAGCGUUUCCACUGAACCGAACACCACAGAACAAAGUAAAGAACAAAAAGAAAAAUCCAAACUAAAUCACACUAUUCUCUAAACUAGAUCCAACAAAGAAAACCCAAAAUCCAACUUAAUGAAUAAGAAAAUUCUUUGCUUAUUUCCAAAUCAUAUUUGCUAGUAGUGCUAAACGUAAAAGACCAAAAACAAAAAAUAAUCCCAACCCAAAAUCUGUGUAACUAUGAGUGUGAUUGGUAAACCACAACAGGUCAGCUCUCUGCAAUCGGGAGCAGGAACCAGCUCACUUGAGCCCAGUCCACUUUCACCAGAAAGGAUCAUCAGUCCAGACGAUGUCCUUCGAUUGAAUAAAAUCACAGAAGACUAUCUCUGCACACCGGAUGCCAAUAUUUACGAAAUAGAUUUUACACGUUUCAAAAUACGCGAUCUGGAGAGCGGUGCCGUCCUCUUUGAGAUAGCCAAACCACCUAGCGAACAAUUUCCCGAAGGAUCCAUCGAGGAAGCUACAUUGGCAACAGAAGAGCUGUCGCUUUUAGAUGAUCCAGUUGAUCCGAAUGCUGGACGUUAUGUUCGUUAUCAAUUUACACCUGCGUUUCUGAACUUGAAAACUGUUGGAGCAACGGUCGAAUUCACCGUUGGAAGCAAGCCUGUGAAUAGGUUUCGAAUGAUUGAGAGGCACUUCUUUCGAGAUCGCAUACUUAAGACUUUUGACUUUGAAUUUGGUUAUUGUAUACCAUAUUCAAAGAAUACAUGCGAGCACAUCUAUGAGUUUCCUAACUUGCCCCCCGAAUUAAUCGCUGAAAUGAUUGCUAGUCCCUUUGACACUCGUUCUGAUAGUUUUUAUUUUGUCGAAGAUAGCUUAAUUAUGCACAAUAAAGCAGACUACGCGUACGAUGGUGGUUUAGUUGUUUAAAAGUUAAUAUCUAAACAAACAAAACACACAAAAAAAUUAAUUUAUUUUAAUAUUUUUGUUUUGAAACAAACAAAGAAAAAAACAAAAUCAAAGUACGAGUAUCAAAAAUAUAUCUGUGUAUACUGUUCUUCAAUAUUUAUUAUCUUUAAACAAAUAAUAAUGAUUAUUAAAUUGAUUGAUCUCUUUUUUGGCUAAUUGUUCAUAACAAAAUACAAACAAACAACAAAUUAAAUAAUAUUAUGCCUCUUUUUAAAAACAAAAAUCACCCUUGCCUUAGACUGCUAUUUAAUAAGAUUUAUUUUCUGUUAAUUUAUUUAUUUAUUUAAUAUUUAUUUAUUUUUUACAAUGUAAUACAAAACAAGACAAAAUUGUUCAUACAUUUUACAUACCACGUACAAUAUUAUUAAUUAUUAUUAAUAUAACAAACAAUAAUAUUACAAUUUUGUUUGCAUUCCACAUUAUUGUGUUUUUUUUUUAUAUACAAUUAAUUAUAAAUAGUUAUUGUUGUUUAAAACAUCAGUAUAAAUAUUAGUUCGAAAACGAUUUUAAGAGUAAAUUACAAAAGAACAAAAUUAAGUCAAAACAAGGUAAAUUUUAGGUGCAAAUUGUAUAAAUCAUUGAAGUUGCUUUUCUAUUUCAUUUAACCUCAAAGUUUAAAAAUACUAUAGGUUUGUGGGUAAUGUUAUGAUUGUACAUUGUUUUUAAAGGCACUAUCAAUCGAAUGGUGCCUUAGAACGACAUUGACAGUGAGGUUUUUACAAGCAUUAAGAAAAAAUAGGGAAGUGUUAAAAAAGAGCUUUCGUAUGACAGAGUAAAAUAAAGCGUGGUUCGGUAUUCCACAUUCACAUAGGGUGGUUAAAGAACGAAUCUCUAUGCUUUAAAAUGCUUCCGAAUUCGGGAUCCCAGGCAUUCCCAAGGGCGUUGUUAGAAGUGCUAGUGUUACGGUUGAUCUUUUUAGGAGGAGAAAUAAAGGUAAAAAAUAGAGAGGCAAAACAAAUCAGGGGGGUCAUUCCGUAAAACGAUAAUCGUUAGACGAUAGCGUUUCGACGAUAGUAUCACUUCACGUAAGACGAUAAUAAUAUAUUUCCUCUAUGAGGAAAAUAGGGAAGGAUUUAAAAGGAGAUACCGGUGCACAUUGGUCUUAUAGUUCUGAACAUCAAAAUGGAAGGGAAAAACAGAGUUGGCCAAAGCAUUCCACAUUCUCGAUAUGCUAUUUAAGAAAGAAUCUCUGUAAUUAACAGUACGCCCGAAAUUGAGCUCAAGGGUAAACUGAUGAGCAUUCCUAGAAGUGCGAGUAUUACGGCUGAAUUGUUUAAGGAGUGGAAUGCAACUGGCUAAUUCGACAGAACAUUGUUUGUAAAAAUAUCUAUAAAAUAACGAAAGGCAUGAAACAUUGCGACGGUGUUCUAGCGAUGUAAAUGUUUCGAUUAUAGUUCUGUCGCCUAUCAUUUUUAAAGCGUUAAUGAUAAUCGUUUUGAAAAUUACAGAAUGUCUACUCAGGAUGAUGUCUUUGUCACUAAUCAUUCUAAAAGCUCUUCCUAGAAUAUUGUCCAAAAUCUUUAAGUAAGUUACUAGGGCACCAGCCCAGAGAUAGGAAGGGUGAUAUGUAUUCUCAAGGUAAGGGUCUUACUUACUUACUUACUUAAGGUGGCGCUACAGUCAGGGGCGGACCUGGGCAUCCAACAUGUGUCUUCAGCUAGCUUUCUCCAGUUUCACACGCCAAGUUGGUUGAUGUCUUCUCUCACCUGCGUGCGCCACCUGAGUCGUGGUCUUUCUCUACUGCGCCGUCCCUCUGGAUUGGAUUCGAAGACCUUCUGGGCUGGAGCGCUGAUGUCUAUUCGCUCUACCUGACCCAGCCAUCUAAGUCUUUGUACUUUUAUUCUUUUACCCAGGUCAAUGUCAAAGGAUAGACCGUAUAGUUCGUCGUACGGUCUUUAACUCUCCAUCAAUGCAGACGAGAUCGAAAAUCAACUGAAAAAGGACGUUCUAAGACGUUUUCAUCUUUCUUUGACGAGGUGCAAGCCUCAGCCCCAUAAAUGGGAAAUUAGACCUCAGAGAGAACUUUACUUUUCAAUUGCUUUCUAAGUCCAAAGGAAUAAUGAUUUGUUAUUCUCCAUAUAAUUUCAGCGCUAGUAUCGUUGUCUGAAUUUAUAGCAAUGCCUAGGUAGGCAAAGUCCUUAACUACCUGAAAGUUAUAGCUGUCCAUGGUGACGUUUUGUCCAAGACGUCGUCGUUCAAUGCUAUUUUUUGAUGACAGCAUAUACUUGGAUUUUUCUCUCAUUUACCACUAAACCCAUUUUAUCCGCUUCCUUCGCAAUGCGCAAAAACUCUGCACUGACAUCACGCUUUGAACUUUACAUUUUGUCAAUAUCAUCAGCGUAUCCCAGUAAUUGGAUGGACUUUUGGAAGAUUGUGUCUUUAGUGUUGACGGUUGAGUUUCGCACAAAUCUUUUCAGAAUGAUGUUGAAGAAGUCGCAUAGGAGUAUAUCGCCUUGUUUUUUGACAUCAAAUGCAUCGGUGAGAUCUUUUCCGACCUUAAUAGAUCAGUAUGUGCUCUCCAUCUUCAUUCUGCACAAACAGACAAGUUUGACAGUGAUAAGACAUCGUUCUGUAAAGGUCUUCCCUAUAAAAGCUGUCAUACUUGGCUUUGAAAUCGAUAAAGAGAUGUUGGGUAUCGAUUUGAAGUGCCUGGUUCUUUUUCAAGUUCUGCUUUAAUAUGAAUAUUCGGUCAAUUUUGUUUUUUUGCUUCAUUAAUUGACGACUUCAAAAAUAAAAUUAAAGAAAUGUGUUCAUUGUUUACUGUGUUUUGUGCUUCCAAUUUAUGUUUCACGACAGAAUACUUGCGGAAGGAUCAUCCUAUAUAUUAUAAAACAUCCCAGGAGCUAAUGAAGUUGAUUCUUAGUGGUCUAGCAAAUAAGAGAGUUUUGAAUUGAGAGGCUUCAAUUGUUUAUAAUACUAAGAUCCUUCCACACGUAUUCUGCCUUAAAAUAUAAAUAAGGAGCACAAAACGUGUAUGAAAUUUGUCCUCGGAAUUUUCUACAUCUUCUUAAGUUAGAAAUUUUUAUUUUAUUAACUUGGACUAUAAUUUCCAAAAAAAUUAAUUAAUAAUUUUCUGUUUAAAAUUGAAAAACUUAAAAGAAACUUUAAAAGUAAAAUACUGAUGUUUUAAAUAAUAAUUAAAGAAACCAUUCCCUUUUGAUACAUAUUCUGUACAUUAAGCCUUUGAAAAAUAAUACAAUUAUAAAUACAAAAAUAAAAGUAAAUAAUUACAACAAAAUUAACAGCUAUGCUUUUGUUCUUAAUUUUAUGAUAAAAUAAAAUAACAAAAAAAUAAAAUAAACCAAAAAUACUCUUCAAUAAAAAUUGUAUAUUUCCAUAAACGAAACAAACAUUAUUUAUGUAAUAAAUUUAAAGCACGAAAUAAUUAUAUUUUGUAAAGCAAAUCAUAAAAAAAAGAAUUAAAAAAAAUAUAUUAUUUAUCAUUUUUUUGUUUAAAUAGAAAUAACAUACAAAAUUUAUCAAAAAUAUUUUAAAAAUGAGCUUUUGCUCGGCCACAUUUGAGCACGGGGUUAUACGAUUUUUCAAAAAAAAAAAGAAAAACAAAAAAUUAUAGAUUAAUAAUUCCAUGAGUUUCGUUUCAUCUAAAAAGAAAACAAAAUCACAAACAAACACAUCAAAUUGGAAAAAAAAUAAGAAAUUAAAAGAAUUCUGUCCACAAACACAUCAUUUUUUCUAAUAAUAAAACAAUAAAACUUAGUUUUAUGCUAAAAAUGAUUCUGUAAGUGAAUACUUUUUAAAAAAAUAUACUUAAAAAAUUUAGCAAAAAUAAAAUUUAGCGAAAAUAAAUUUAAAAAAAAAAAACACACUAAGGGACCCGGCACCAAAAAUGAUGCAUAAAGGGUACACCCUGCAGCCCAAGGGUUUGCAGUUUUUAUUUUUAUUUAAAAAAAAAUAGCUAGUUACGUAUUCGGAAUUUGUCGGUUCUUAUUAUGUAAAACGGAAUUGACAAAAAUCUGUAAUAAAUGCACGAUGUGUGAAAAAUUA